CACAAACUCAGACUCAUCCCCAAAAUCUAUAUUGUCAUCAUCAAGACAUGUCAAGCAUGUCUCUACGAUCUCGGCGUAAUUGGUUCCAGUCCGCCGAGGUAGCUUGGUCCGCGUUAGCAUCACUAAAUGCUGCUUCAGAGAUUCUAAUGGUUUAUGGUGGCGCAAGAAACGGAAUGGGUUCAAUCGUAUCCGAUGGGUACCGUAAAUCACGUAGUUCGUCCUGAUCACGGAGAAUAUUCGGGAUUUGUUUUAUCUUCUCUACCAGAUCUUGUCGAUGCUCUGGCUGUAUAUCGCGAUGUCGUGUCUUCAAGUGCGUAGCAACCUCAUCAGUUACAGAGGCAAACCCACAAACCUGGUACACAAGAAGGUGGUAUGUAGAGAGAAGAAUGUAGGGCUAAAUCGCACUUCAUGGUUCAGAUUGCAAGUUUGAAGCCGUCAUAGUGAUCUUCAUAGUGACUUAGUCACUGAUAGUAAGAUUUAAAUAACAAUUGUGCUUCGAUUAAUAAGAAAAU